AUCGUAAUGACUACUAUCCACCACUCGCCUCCGCCUGGCGUGACUCCAUUUUCUAUUUUCGAAGACUCUGAAGACCAGGGAACGUCAUCGCCAUCCGAGGUGUACGACGGCGAUACGUCAUUCAAUUCAGAAACAUUCCCUGGAGCCGACGAACCCAUUGAGAGUAUUGAGCACCAAGAACUCGUGUCAUACCGCAGCUCGUACACUUCGCGCCCUUCGAUUCUCUCAGCGGGGACAUCGCGCCGCGCCAGUCUCAUCUCGUCGCUGCCAUCGGAACUCUCGAUAUCCUCCAAACCGAUUCCACCCACUGGCCAUGGCGUCAACUCACGGAACACGCCUCGGAAAGAACGACCGCUGUUCCGUAACUCGUCGUCGGUCCGUGCUAUGCAGAUGUCAUCUCCGCCUCCCCUCGCGCACUUCGAAAGUCCGCGGGACCGACUGAAAGGAGUAUACAAGCUUGCAACACCAAGCAAGAGUGGUAGAUCUGAGACUCCCACCUCAGUCAUGCCCGACUGGCUGGUGGAAAACUACAAGCUUCUUGAGGAGAAGCUGAAAGACAUUGUAUUGAUGCGGCGUGGGCUCCUGAUACCCCAUCCAAGAGAGGAGUACGAUUUAUUGGAAGAAAGAAUACUGGAGAGUUUAGAUUUAAAGACACCCCGGCUGCUGAAAUGCGGUCACUUUAUUGGACCUGGGGAGGGUGCAGAAGAGAAAGGAGACGAGGAGGAAGAUAGAGGAAGUGUAAUGGAGGGUAGGAGUGGGAGAGAGACCAGUAUGAGUGGAGGCACUGUCACUGGCGAUGAUGAACCGGGAUGGAAAUACCCCACACCUGAAUCAGACAAUGCCAGCGUAUGCAUCGAUUGUCACCGUCAGGUGAAGCGACCAGGAAAUGGGAUUGGCACAGGCACGAAAAGAUGGGAUCUCAAAAUUUAUGCAGCAAAUGGGCUCAUGCGGGCCGGAGCUUGGUCUGCAGCAUGGAGCGAAAUGGAGCGAUGUGAUGUCGAGAUUUCACCUUGGAUCCCUGAAGAUAUGAGGAAACUUUUAGAAAAGCAGGCUGAAGAGAGACAACGAGCAGAAAAUGAGAAGCGGAUGUACGAAGCUGAAGUCAUGAGGCGUGUGGAGGAAGAAGCGGCUCGCAUGAAGAAACUCGAGGCUGAUGCAGAGGAGAAGAGACGAGUCGAAGAAGCCGAGCGACAGAAAAAGAUUGAGGAGGAAGAGCUUUCACGACAAGGGACAAUUGAUAAAGAAGCAGCAGAGAAAAGGGAGCUCAACGAGACAUUGAAGGAGAAGAUUGAGGAAGUGAAGGAGUCGAUUCGACUCGAAUUCGAGGCUCAAAUUCUUGCUGAGGCUAACGCAGUCUCUGAGAGGGUUCGUCUGCUGGAGGAGAAGCUUAAGAAUGAGAGAUCGAAACCCAUAAAUUUUGAACAUCCCCUAUCCCGAGGAAGACCUCGAGCUCCUUCACGUCGGCCUUCCUCCAUGGACGACGUUCCUAUUAGUACUCUUCUGAGAAAUUACCUGGUGCUUCUCGCCCGGGACCGGCGGAACAUAGUGAUCGUCAUCCUCAGUGCCUUCGUAGUGUUCCUUGCGAUGCACGUGGGUCCAAGCCUAGCCGUACAAACCCUACCACCAAUUAUUCUUAGCACAUUUCACGAGGACUAUUCUCCAGAUCCUAUUUCUUCUAUUGUUGCUACAACCACAGCUACCUUAACGGCAACUUCUAUCAUCUCGACCACGAUCACACUCCGUGUUGAGGAGACACCUUCAGCAGCUGUUCUUCCCUCUGUGCAACUGGUGUCUUCAGAGGUAAUAUCCUUAGAAACGACACCGGUGGUUGAAAGCACACACAUAACCGGGGAAAUCGUAGAAGCCAGCCUAUCGAGGUCGGAGCCAGCAUCCAACAAACCAUCCGCAACCACAUCUGCCUCUCCAAACAGCGAUAUACCAUCACGAUCGCUGUCUGCUGCUUCCUUAUCCUCAGCAUUGUCGUCGCCACUCCAGUCCCUGUCAACGUCGACCAUGUCUCCACAUUCUCAAUCUUUUAUGGCUUCCCAAUCCUCCUCAGCCUCAUCUUCACCAUCAUGGACAGGGCCCUUGUCCAUCCAUGACGAACCCAAGUGUGAGCCUACGUCAGUCCCAAAAAAGCCACAGCCACCAGAGACGCCAUCAGAACAGCCAAUAGUAUCAGAAUCGGUGGUCCAGAGUAGCUCAUGA